GAAGCCCGGCUCGCUGGGCCCACUUGACGCUUAAUAGCCCUAAGUGGAGCCUUGUUCUCCAAGCUCUUCUUCACUCCUCUCCUACAGCUUUGCUCGAUUUAUUCUCUCUCUCACACACAAACACACACUAAACCACAAGGCCGACUUUGAAGUUUGGUUUCUGAAGAACAAUCAGGGAUUUAGCUGCAAGAAAAGAAAUUGACUGUACCCCAAAAAAUAAAAAAGAAAAAGCUUUAAUGCUUCAGUUCGUAACAUCCUCUUUUUGAUUGAUUCUCCAGACAGCGGAUGGCCCUACCUCUCGGCAAGCUAACUAUCAUCGUUGGUGCAGUCAUGCUGUUGAAUUGGGUUCAGUUGAAGUGGGGAGUUUCUUUUGGAAUUUAAACCUCAAAUCAUCUUUUAAGUGGGUUAUCAAGAGGUAGUGAUACUAAGCAAUUGGGCUAAUUGGAACUUCUAUAAUGGUGAGGAGAAGCAAAAGUUAGUCCGGGCCUUGUCGGAUCAGUUUUAGCUAAAGAAGGGCGUAUAUCAGAUGUCUCUGACUUCUUUUCAGGUGCCUUGAAGGUUGUUCUGAGGCAACUUAGACAUGAUGAAUCUACCACUUCAAAGCCCAAACCACAGAAUGAUUCUCUCAUGCAACAGGUUAAUAGCCUUCGAGAGGAGCUGCAACUUUUGGCUUCAAAUAGAUCAAUUACAAUUGUGACAUCAAGUGCUGGCUCUGCUUCUGGCAGAUAUGGUGUAAUUGUGAUUGUUAUAGUGGUUGGAUAUGGCUGUAUAUGGUGGAAGGGUUGGAAACUCUCUGAUAUGAUGUUUGCAACCAGACGCAGUUUGUCUGAUGCGUGUUCUAGUGUAUCCAAACAACUUGAGAGUGUCUAUUCUGCAAUUUCUGCCACUAAGCGCCAUUUGUCUUCGAGAAUUGAUGGUGUGGAUAGUAAAAUUGAUGAAUGUGCGGGUAAUACAUCUGCCACAAAAGAAGAGGUGUCUAAACUACGAGGGGACCUGAGAUUGAUGGGUGCCGAUGUACAGUCAGUUCACCAUGUAGUCCGAUCCCUGGAAACAAAAAUCAGCAAGAUAGAAGGGAAACAGGGUGAAACACUCUUCGGGGUUGGCAGAUUGGUUUCAUUUGUGAAGAAUCUAGAACAUAGCAGAACCUUGGAUCCUAUUGAGGGUGCAUUGCCAAGUUCAUCUCGGCCAGCUCUUGAAAUGCAGCAAAUAACUCCAUCUAGGGCUGUGUCAUUGCCUUCUAAUUGUUCAGUGGAAUCGCCAUCGUCAUCUGCAUCUAAUGGGCCCAGCAAGCGUCCUUUGCAAGGUGGUGUCUUAGACUCGGGCUUGAAGCUGCAUGGAAUGUCAAAUGGAGUUGAAAUGUCCAGCCAAAGGAGUUCUCAGAUUUUUUCCAAUGACGUUCCUGUCUCAGAAGUGGCAAACGAGUCUUCUGGUUCUGGUAUCUUCGGCCUAAAGUCUUCUGGCGGUGCUUUUAAUAUGGUGAGAAGAAGCUGCAGCGCGAAGCUUUCAUUCAAUAUUUAAUAUUUAUCAUGCUUUUCACAUGAAACGUAGAUGAGAAAGGAUAUAUUUUUUGCCCUUUAAAAUACUACUAUAUAUUGGCCUCGCGUACGGGGUGCCAAGCCAUAUUCAUGGUCUUCGAAUUUUGUAGGGUUUUCUGUUCACCUUAUAAGGUUAAUUUAGGAUACAUGUAUGAAGUUCUGGAUAAAAUUACUGCCUAUAUUAUACAGUGAGACUUCUGGAAGGGAAAAGGAUACGUGGAAUCACAUCCGUUUUGUCA